AUGUCGUCUCGCAUUUGGUCGCACAUUGCCUCUGCCAUGAGUCAGCGCCCCAUCGUCCUCUGUGGCCCAUCCGGCGUCGGGAAAAGCACACUCAUCAAGAGACUAUUCGAAGAGUUUCCCUCGUCAUUUGGAUUCAGUGUGAGCCACACCACCCGCAACAUACGUCCGGGCGAGGUGGAUGGCCAAUCCUACCACUUUGUUACGCGAGACGAAUUCGAGCAGCGCGUGCGAAACGGCGAGUUCCUCGAGCAUGCUGUCUUCGGAGGGAAUAUGUAUGGCACGACAGCGCAGGCUGUGCGUGAUGUGCACGAGAAGGGCGCGGGACGUCGAGCGAUCCUUGACAUCGAUGCGCAGGGUGUGCGCCUCAUUAAGCAGAACCAUCCUGACCUCAAUCCGAUCUAUGUGUUCAUCUCGCCGCCCACUUUUGGCACGUUGAAGGAACGCCUCGAGGGUCGUGCGACUGACUCGAAAGACGCGAUCGAGCGCCGCCUCAACAUGGCUCUCGACGAGCUCGCCUAUGCCCGGCAGCCCCACUCGUUUGAUUGCAUCAUUGUGAAUCAGGAUCUAGCAAAAGCCUACGAAAAGCUCCGAGCCGUGAUUCAGGGCGAAGUGUCUGUUCCUUCAGACAGCGUCCCGCCCGAAGAUGAGGCAGAGCGUCUCCGCCGUAGUUCCUAG